CUCACGGAUGCUACGACUGUAGGGUCGUGCUAACUGAUCCUUCUGGAAUUUUCACUUCUCCAUGCUUCCCCAGUGAUUAUCCCAACAGCCAAGCGUGCAAGUGGAUCAUCCGGGCACCUCAUGGAUACAUCAUUCAGCUAACAUUUAUUGAUUUUGACAUUGAAGAAGCUCCAGGCUGCAUUUAUGAUUCAUUGACAUUAGAUAAUGGAGAAAGCCCAAUGAACCUUUGUGGCAUCACUGCCAAAGGGUUAUCCUAUAACUCUACUGAAAAUGAAAUGAUCGUGUCAUUUAAAAGCGACUUUAGUAUUCAAAAGAAAGGUUUUAAUGCCAGCUACGUAAGAAUCGCUGUUUCUCUGAGGAAUCAGAAAGUCAUCAUUCCCCAGGUUCCCGAUGUGGAUGCUGUGUCUGUGGCAGAGACGGUCUCAGUGCCAGAGCUUAGCCAGUUCACACUGUGCUUUGAAGCAACCAAGGGCAGUAGCGAUGACAACGAUGACUGGAAGGUUUUCUCCUACACCGAUGCACUGUCCACAGAAUUCUUCAGCUUCGGGAAGACCACAAAAGGCCAUUUUCUAUCCAUCUCAGGCACACAGUGCAUCCUUGAGAAUGCAUUGCCCCAAAAUGCAGAGUUUUUCACAGGGACCUUUCAACAGCUCUGUGUCGUAGGGGAUAGCUUCUCAGGCAGUAUAGGCAUAUAUGCCAAAAGCACCUACCAUAUAGUGUACUGUCCAGGUAUCUUUGGCAAAGUUAUUCCUGGAAAUGGGAGGCUGGUGCUGGGCUCUAACAGCAAUGAAGUGAACUCUCUAAAUGGGGACAUUUACAACUUCCGCCUCUGGAAUUUCACCAUGAAUGCGCAAACACUGGCCAACCUCAGCUGUGAUGUGAAAGGAAACAUUGUAGACUGGGAAAAUGAAUUCUGGAGUAUUCCAACUUCAGCACUGAAAGCAGAAAACAAUUUGAGUUGUGGCUCAUACCUAAUUCCCUCUUCUGCAAUUGAACCAACCAGCUGUGCAAACCUGGGAAGCCUUUGCCAAGCUACUGUAAAUGCUACUACUCCUACACCACCCACUGUCACCACUAACAUGCCUGAUACUAAUAGAAACGAUAAGCCAAACAAUGGUGGGCUUUUCUACAGGAUAUCUAUAACUGUCUUUAGUUCCAACUCCAACUCAGUGUCAAAAGUACAUGAUGUGGUUGCAGAAUGGCUAAACCGUACUUUCCAGAACUGGAAUUACACUGUGUAUGUGGUCAAUAUCAGCAUCCAUCCUGGCUCCACAAAAGAGAGA